AUGAAUCGAAAUAUUUUACGAGCUUGUGCAUCAUUCGCUCCUCUAAAGAAUUUGGGAAAUUCCAAAUCAUCAUUGGCAAUUUCGGGAAUAAAUUCGAUAGAGAUGUCAUCUUUUAGAAUGUUUUCAUCAUGUUUGAAUACAUUGAGCGCUUCUGGUAAUUUUUUGAAUAAUCAGAGAAGUAAACAACAAUCGGAAGGAAAUACUCAAAAAACUCAAACAACUUCAAAUACCGACAAUCAAAACUCAGAGGGAGCAAAUAGUGAAGAAGAAAUUCAGGCAAGACUUAAAAGUAGUCAAGAAAUUCUUCAACAUUUGGCCAAGAAGAAAGCCUUCAAUAACCAGGAUAUGAACCAAUUAGAGAGCAUUUUAGAAAAAUACGUCAAACAAGGAAGUCAACAAGAUCCUGCAGUGAAAGGACCUCUGCAUUUUAUUAAUGCCGUUAUUCUGAUACUGUUUCUCAUUGUUUUAUUGGUUCGUCAACGAGACUCCAUGUAUUAUGAGAUGGUGAAAGAAUUACUUUUGGAUAGCGAGGAUCAAUUAGUUCAAGCUAAGAGAGAAAUUAAUGAACUUAAAAAACAAUUAUCAACAAGUGACAAUGUUCAGAUAGUUCAAGAACCACCAAAAACUGAGACUAGUACAACCCCAGUCAAGAAACGUGCUUCCAACAUGAUUUAA